AUGAAGCUGAAAGGACUGAAGAUUCUUAUACCAGUACUCAAGUUCUCUAAGGCUGGGCCCUUGCUUAGCAUGUGUGUAUCCACGUUGGCCUAUGGGGCUGUAUUUGGAUGGCAGUUCGGCACUGGUAUGGUAGGUUUGAUAUUCAUCCACGAGCUUGGUCACGCAUUGAUGAUGCGGAACCUUGGUGUACCUGCGGGGCCUAUGGUAUUCAUACCUUUUAUGGGGGCAUCAGUAGAGAUGCGUAAACACCCUUCUAAUGCAUAUCAAGAGGCGCUGAUAGCUCUAGCAGGCCCUGUCCUCGGCUCCCUCGGUGUUCUCCCUAUUGCUGCCUAUGGAGCUGCUACAGGUUCACAGCUAGCCUUCGCCCUAUCCCACUUCGGGUAUAUGAUAAACCUGUUCAAUCUCCUACCUAUCGGCCAACUAGAUGGUGGUCGAGUCGCUGGUAGCCUCAACAAGUGGUUCCUACCUGCAGGUCUGGGUAUAUGCGGCAGUAUGAUAUACUUUACGCCAUAUUGCUCACCGAUCAUGUAUCUCGUUUUCCUUGGUGGUGCCUAUACAACGUAUCAACGCUUCUUCGGUACUGGCGAUAUGCCACCCUACUACUAUAACAUGACUAAUGCUCAGAAGGCCUGUAUAUCAGCAGGUUACUUUGGGCUCAUUGCUGCUCUCAUGUAUGGUAUGUACGAGAACGACAAGCAAAGGAAGAGCCCUAAGCAGCUACAGAGGGAGCUAGGCAUCAACCUAGGGGGAGGCUCCUGGGGGCAGUCCCUUAUCAACCACGGUGAGGGUACAGUCGGAGGACAUAGUCGUGGUGGGCAACAUAGUGAUGAGGCCAGAGUAGAUAGGCAUCAAUAUGAGGGGCUACUGGAUAAUGAUGACUACAAUGUAGGUGCCUCUCGAGCAUUGAGUGAUAGGAGCUAUGAAAAGAGGAGUAUAGCAGCACAUGAGGUGGAAUCACGUAUCAAGCAGGCUUUGCAGCAGAGGGAUCACUACGGUCAAGAGCACGCUGCAACAACAGCAACUAUAGUAUCUAUUAUAACGGUCCUCACCUCCACCAACUUCACUAAGUCACCCUAUCCGAACGCACGUAAAGGAGGACUAUUAGGACUGGCUAGUGUUGCUAUUGCACUUGAGAAUAGGAAUCUCGACCCAUUCCUCGAUACCAUCAUGGCACCGGUAUUGUAUUUAUUCGAUGAUGAUGAUAAUAGAUGCCGAUACUAUGCCUGUGAGGCUAUGUUUAAUAUAAGCAAAGUCGCUAGAGGCUUGUUGCUCAAAGGGCGGAGGAUGUGUCUGGCAUUGGAUGGAGUAUGCAGACUGGUGGCUGAUGUAGACCAGGAGGUUAAGUCCGGUGCCCAGUACUUGGAUAGGCUUCUCAAGGACAUAGUCUCCGAUGUUAGCAAUAAGCCCUUUAUCAUACGGGACCUUCCAACAACCCAACAGGAGAAGGAGGAGUUACUACCCUCAUCCCCUAUUACUACAUCCCAUUCGCCUGAGCUCUAUGAAUCUUCGUAUCUGCCUGAGGGCUCUGUCACCUCAACAAGCUGUGAUCCCCUGCCUGGGACAACCAACAACUGUGACAUUAAUAUCGUAACAACACCACAGUCCCCGGCCCUCCCCGAGGACCCGCAAGGUCACCGUUUGAUGCAUCUACCAUCGACCUCGACUACUGAUCAGCAAGAUCCUCAUGGUCUCUUUGAUUUGGGUGCCUUUAUUGGGCGUAUAGCAGCUCAUCUCCGCGUAGUGAACCCCUUUAUCAAGCAGUUGGCUAUGUCCUGGAUAUCAGUCCUGCAUUCAUUGCCGACUACUAGGGAUCUACUAUUGCUCCAUCUACCCCUCUUCCUCGGCACACUCUUCUAUCUCCAACGUGAUCCCUCUCGUGGGGACCUACGUCACACCGCCGACCAAGUCCUUGGUGAGCUCCUAGAUGAUUUGACGUCCACGUCGUCUACGACAGUACUGACUAAGAUGGGCGAUGGCAAACCCCCUAUGCCUCCCCUAACUAAGCUUAGAGCCAUUGUAGCCAAGAGCGUAUCGACGGUGGUGUCCAACUGUUCCUCCACGGAACCUUUGAGCCGAUUAACAGCCAUGAACUGGCUAUUGGCUUUCCUCAACACUCCUGGUCUACUCCUGCCCAGCCUACCGACCGAAGCAGCGUUACUAUCGAUGCCCGAAGAAGAAUACGACACUCCUCGUAUGACCAUGGAUGCCAAUGCAGCAGCUAACCUGAGAGCCCUCCUACCACUACUCCUCGAUGGGAUACUGAGCUGUGUCGAUGCACGUCAAGCUGAGGUAUCACGUAAGGCAGUUGAGGCUCAUACAGUCCUCCUUAGUGCUGUGGAGGCUAUAGGCAAGGACCCUACACAGGAGCAGUCCCCUUCUGACGAUAGGGUCAUCAGCGUCGUAUGCCGGUAUCUAUCAGGCCCUCUUGACCAGACUGUUACACGUGCCUGCUGCCUUCAGUGGGUUUCCCUACUACUCGAGCAAAGUCCACAACAGAUGCUCAGGGAAAUUCAGAAUCGUCAUCACAACGUGGACGCCGCCGCCGCCCCAGCCUGUUGGACUCGGUCUUUGCUACCUUACAACAUCCUAGCUCAGAGGUAUUUCCCAUUGGUUUGUGCUCGCUUAUUGGAGUUAUUAAGGACCAAUAGACAAUCAGUGUCGCUUGCCGAUGAUGUAGAUGAGGAUGCUUUGCACGGCGGCGGCGGCGGCACUGGCAAUCAUCCCACCACGACUGGAUCUGAGGAGGAUGGUGUAGAUGUGCAGCAGCAUAACAACAACAACAACAACAACCAUACAGACUCAUAA